CAAAGCGGUAACGCGACAGGCCGUGCGAAUAAUUAGGUUUACUAUAGCUUUAAGAACGCAAAAAUAGUGUCUGGUUCUUUAAAAAUGGAUAUUGGUUUCUUAUUAUAUCUAUAUCCGAAAAAUUUAUAAAUACGGUGCAGGAGAAAAGGGUAGGAAACGGGAACACGCGGCGAUGGAGCCGCAAAUCGCCCAAUCCGGCGAUAACAAUAAAGGGGAAGAGACCGAGGAUGACAAGGCCACGGUGCAAUCCCCGCCCUCUAGUGAAGUGGUCACCCCGCGUAGGACUACAAGAGGCCGGGGAGUAGGCCGGCAAAAGAAAGGGGUUUCUCCCUCACCAGAUACGAAUGGAGCAACACCAACCACACCAAGUUCUGGAAGGGUGUUACGUGACCGGUCUACACGAACGGUACCAGCUUGGCUGCAGAGCGAGAAAAGUGACGAUGCUGAAGAAUCUAGCCCGGACACCGCCGUAAACCGCCGAAGGAAGGCUGCCUGUCCCAGACCCAGGAAAAAUGCUGCCUCCGCAGCUUCAAUAGAAAGUACAGGAGAGGCCGAAGAUGACAGUGGUCAUGACAAAGGGGACCCAAAGAAGUCAGCUGAUGUUCAAGCCCCUCCUCGCUCACGCCGUGCCAAGGUCACCUUUGCCCGCAGUGCCAGGGGGUCUGCAACACCCGUUUGCAAAAGCGAGCCAGGCGCCGAAAACUCGACUGUUGAGGUGGAGGCCAAGGCAGUUGAGAAGCAGGCCGCUGGGAUCGAGAAGAAAGAGGAGAGCGAGGACGACGUUCUGUUGGGAGGGGACGAUGAGCCCACUUUCCAAGACGACCCGAAAGUCUUCAACGUCCAACCGCAGUCACAGAGUGGGGAGGAGGUGAUCAGCAGUGAUGAUGAAGUUCCCUUCAGAGAUGACCUCAACGACCAGAGCUACGACCCCGACGUUGAGGCCAUUAGAGAUGUCCCCAAACCACGGCGCAAACUCCCUCUGAGACAGAAAGAGAAGAAGGAGAAAGGGCUGGCGAAAGACAAGGAUCCAGGGAUCAAGGUGGAGGGGGGAGAGGGCACCGAUGUGAAGCUGGAGAACGAGUUCGGAGAGGGAGACGCGCCCAGGAAGAGAGGCAGGCGAAGGAAAGACGAUAAAAGUCCCCGGCUCCCGAAGAGAAGGAAGAAGCCCCCAGUGCAGUAUGUGCGCUGUGAGAUGGAGGGGUGCGGCACGGUCCUGGCUCACCCUCGCUACCUGCAGCACCAUAUUAAAUACCAGCACCUGUUGAAGAAAAAGUAUGUUUGUCCUCACCCAUCCUGUGGAAGACUCUUCAGGCUGCAGAAACAGCUACUUCGCCAUGCCAAGCACCACACAGACCAGCGGGAUUACAUCUGUGAGUUCUGCGCCCGUGCCUUCAAGAGCUCCCACAACCUGGCCGUGCACCGUAUGAUCCACACAGGAGAGAAACCCCUUCAGUGUGAGAUCUGCGGCUUCACCUGCCGCCAGAAGGCCUCCCUCAACUGGCACAUGAAGAAGCAUGACGCCGACGCCACCUACCAGUUCUCCUGCUCCAUCUGCGGCAAGAAGUUUGAGAAGAAGGACAGCGUGGUGGCCCACAAGGCCAAGAGCCACCCGGAGGUGCUCAUCGCCGAGGCCCUGGCAGCCAACGCGGGGGCCCUCAUCACCACCCCCGCCACCCUGAUCGACGCCCCGGGUCCCGGGGGCGGCUCCACCGGGAACCAGGGCGAGCUUGUCCGCCUGGAGCCCGCGCCGCAGGUGACCCAAGUGGGACAGCCGGCGGCCCAGCUGGGACCGGUGACUCCUCAAGUGGGCCAACGAGUGACCCAGAUGGGGCAGGUGAGCCACCAGGUGGUGGUAGUGAGCCAGGAGCAGGGCCUCCACACCAUGCAGGUGCCCCUGACCAUCGCCCUGUCCCCCAUCGACCCCCCGUCGCCCUCGGACGCCCAGCAGCAGACCCACCACACCCUGCAGCUCCAGAUGCCCCUCCAGUUCGUGCAGCAGAUGGCGUCGGCGUCCCCGCAGCAGCAGCAGCAGCUGUCCCUCCAUUCCGGCCCGGUCGUGGCGUCCCAGCAGCCCCACCAGCUCCAGCAGAUGACCCUGCAAUCGUUCCAGCAGCAGCAGAGCCAGCAGCCGCAGAUCCUCCACAUGACCUUCCAGGCGGUGGGCGGAUCUCAGGGCCACAUGCAGCAGAUCCCCCUGCUGGCCUCGCCCCAGCAACUCCAGGCACUCCAGAGCAGCCCGCACGUUCCCGACGUCGACGACGCAUCAUCCCUGGCGACCCAGGCGCGACCACAGACUCAGGAUGUUCCGCUUCAGGACCCGAUCACGGCGGGCUGCGGCGGAAGCUACGCCCUGGACGACUCAGCGCUCGCGGCCUCGUCUCCUCCGACGAACGCCCUUCAACAGUGCGAGAGCGUGGGCGAGGGGGAGGUGGCUUGGGAAGCGGACGGGCGGGGCGACCGGGAGGGGGAGGGGUUGACCGACGCCACAGACGUGCACAUGCAACAUGCUCUUAUGUAGAGCUGUGCGGGCAGGUGGGAACUAGCCCCCGGAACUUCAGACCAAAUUCACAGAAUUUCACUUUCGCUGAUAGUGAAGUGGAACAGUUGUCGGAGUAACUUGAUUCAAUCUGGAUUUCGAGGGUUAGGGGAAUUGGGAAAGUUGAUAAUAAAAGGGAGAGGACUAGGUAUGUCCUUUCUCUUAUGUAUUGUGGCACCAUUUGAAAACUCGUAGGUUCACUGAAAUAUGUAUUCAUAGUAACUUUUGGUAGCUUUUUAGAUCUACCUGCAUCAGGGCAGUUGUGUGUAAGUUGUUGCCUUUGUACAUAAAGUGAUGUAGCCAUCCCAUCAACUGGCCUUCUGUGUUUGUGUGUGUUUGUGUGUUAAGCCAUCAUUGUUCUCAUAAUAGCAGUAUCAUUCAUAAUACUACGGUACUUGAUUUUUCAUGUCGAACUGUGCUAAAUAAGCUAGCUAUAAACUGAUGGCUUUGCAUAAAUUCAUACAUUUGUUGUUUUACUGACAAUCAUGUAUUUAUUUUAGGUAAAAUGCCAGGUAUUGUAUUCUUGUCCCCCCCCCCCAUUUUUUUAAUUUUUAUGUAUGGGUUUGUGGAAGGUUCCUCAUGCAUCAUCUAGUCCACGAGCAGUCUUGAGGCCUCCCAGGCUUAGGUUAUUGCCCUAUCACCAAACAAAAUAUAUUACGGCUUGAUUAUGAGUUGAUUGUUAAAAUCUGCUGUUUAGUAGUAGGGCACAAUAUGCACCCCACAGAGGCCCAGGACCAAGUUUUGGAAGCCCUGAUCUAAUCAUAUAGAAAUUUCAUCAGUAAUAAGAGGUCUUUUGAUUUUUAUAGUUGAUUAAAAUAAUUGUUGUAUUUUCUCACCAGUCUCUUAUUUGUAAUGUGGGCAUAAAUUCCAUUGUUUCAUUUCCAUUACAUUUUGAAACAUUCUUAAUGAUAGUUACAUUUUUCCAGUACAACUAAGAUAAUACUUUAGAAAAUUCAUAGUCAUACCUUUGAUGAAAACAGUAUCUGAAAUAUAUUGUACUUUUCAUGAAAAUAUCAGAUUUAAGUUUCAUUUUCAACUACCCCUCUGAUUCUAAGGUUACAUUUAACUCUGCUGCCACUUAUAUCUUACCCUGCCUAUGGGGUCGACUGUAAUAUUUUACUUCAGCCAGGUUUCAUGGCAAAAUACUAAUUCCUAUAAACCCUAGUUGCAGUGGGCAAUGAUAGCUGAGAUAUCUGUGUGGGUAUAACAAUAUCAUUGUAAAUUACAAUAUUUGAUUAAUAAGUAGCCAUUUUACUUCCAACAGUCUCCUCUGACCUAUGUAUAAAUUAGGCUGAUAUUAAUUAUUUUUAUUUAAUAAAAUUAGUUUCCCUUCCAAGGGACAGUCCACACCAAGGAUGAAUGUUAAAUUGAACCGUACAUUGGAUAUAAAACAUUGGCAUAAUAGUUUGCUAAUUUUGCUAAUGCUAAAACCAACCAUUACCAUUUUCUCAGUAAUAGUUUGUUAAUUUUGCUAAUGCUAAAACCAACCAUUAUCAAUUUCCUUUGUAAACACUCAUGUUUUUGUAACCCCACCCCAAGAGUCCCUCAUCACUUUUGCCCAGGGGCCACUCUUCAUCUUCCCUGGGUCUCUCUGCAUUGUCUCCCUCUGGUCCAGACCACAAUCUCCCUGCAUAGCAUCCAUAAGGGAUAUCAGCUUGUGCUUCACCUCAUAUUCUCAUGUGGGGCCUGGAAGACAUUCAGAAGGGAAAAAGAAGACCAGGUUUUUGCCACCUCUGUUCAUACCAUUGUUGCAGUGAACAGCAAUAAAAUAAAAUUAAGUACUUUUAAAUUUGUACAAAAAGUGCACUCCAUUUAUAGUGAGUGAUCUGAUUGUCCAGCAAUUGCCAUGUUCCCUCUCACAUACUUUCCACACCUUUGCCCACUCAUAUUAUAAAAUGGCUUUGUGGUCCUCAAAUGGACCCAUAAUGAUGUUCAAAUCAGUGGUGGUCAGUUUAACAGUAUAUAUUCAUUUUAUUCAUUUAGCAGACCAUUUAUGUCAUUUUGCAUUUGUUGUGUGUUUUUAUGAAUCAACAACAACAUAUUAAACAGAUUUGGGCCCAGUG